UCAUCAUCAAGCAAACGUCGUCACAAUGGCUUCCGCAGAGCUCGCCGCUACCUACGCCGCCCUCAUUCUGGCAGAUGAGGAGAUUGAGAUCACCGGUGAGAAGAUCACCCAGCUGACCACCGCUGCCAAGGUCGAGCUCGAGCCAAUCUGGGCCAACCUGCUCGCCAAGGCGCUCGAGGGCAAGAACGUCAAGGAGUUGCUCUCAAACGUUGGUGCCGGUGGCGCUGCCGCCCCGGUCGGUGCUGGCGCUGCUGCUGCUGGCGCACCGGCAGCUGCCGCCGAGGAGAAGAAGGAGGAGAAGAAGGAGGAGGAGAAGGAGGAGUCCGACGACGACAUGGGAUUCGGGCUGUUUGACUAAAUGUAGUCCGGACCGCUCAGCAUUCAAUUCACCCUUGCCUUUUACUCGCAUUUUGUCGGAUGCCAUCUCCCGCCUGGAAUCGGUUUGUAAAUAUCGGAGGCGUCGUGGCCAAAGGGGCUACGAUUGGUGGAAGAACUCUGAGCCGGGCGUGUAGAUUCACAGUUUCAGCUUGACCAUAUGGACGGGCGGGGCUGCCGCAGGCCAACUAUGCACCAUCAACGACCUUGCUACCCAUGCAAUUCACCCACCUCGGACACCCUAUCGCCGCGACGACUUUAAAGAUCUCUGCAUCCGCACCCAACGCGGACAGGUUACUUCUCGACACAUUCCGACUACUCCCGCCCUUCGCAACACCUUGUAAAGUAGACCUUUGCGGUUCAUGUCGACCAACAAUCUAUGGCACGAAAC